AUGAAAUUAUCAAACAUGACUGACGGUGAUGAAGGUAAUGAAGAACGACAAAUAAAUGAAGAAUAUAAAAUAUGGAAAAAGAAUACACCAUUUUUGUAUGAUUUAAUUAUGACACAUGCUCUGGAAUGGCCAUCAUUAACCGUACAAUGGUUACCAAAUGUUGUCAAACCUGAUGAUAAAGAUUACACGGUUCAUCGGCUCAUUUUGGGUACACAUACAUCUGAUGAACAAAAUCAUUUAGUUGUGGCUCAGGUGCAAAUACCAAAAGAAGGAACAACGUUUGAUGCAUCCCAUUACGAAGUUGAACGCGGAGAUUUUGGUGGGUUUGGUUUAUUUAAUGCUAAAAUAGAAAUUGAAUUAAAAAUUAAUCAUGAUGGUGAAGUGAAUCGUGCUCGUUAUAUGCCACAAAAUCCAUCGAUUAUCGCCACAAAAUCACCAUCAUCCGAAGUUCUUAUAUUCAAUCAUACAAAGUCGUCACAAUUAAAACAACAGCAGCAACAACAAGGUAUCCCGGCAACCACCGAAUGUAUACCAGAAUUAAGAUUACGUGGUCAUACAAAAGAAGGUUACGGUUUAAGCUGGAAUCCAAAUUUGAGUGGCCAUAUUCUAUCGGCAUCGGAUGAUCACACAAUAUGUUUGUGGAACAUUGAAAAACCGCCAACCGAAGCAAAUAAAGUCGAUCCAUUAGCAAUAUUUCAAGGACAUCAAGCAGUUGUGGAAGAUGUUGCAUGGCAUCUAUUUCAUGAAACAUUAUUUGGAUCGGUUGGAGACGAUUGUAAAUUAAUGAUAUGGGACACUCGUACAUCAAAUCAUUCUAAAGCCACGCAUACGGUAGAUGCUCAUGUUGCUGAAGUGAAUUGUUUAUCAUUCAAUCCAUAUUCCGAAUAUAUACUUGCUACGGGCAGUGCCGAUAAGACUGUUGCACUAUGGGAUUUACGUAAUCUAAAAUUGAAAUUGCAUACCUUCGAAUCUCAUAAAGAUGAAAUAUUUCAAGUUCAAUGGUCUCAUCAUAACGAAACAAUAUUAGCUUCAAGUGGCACCGAUCGUCGAUUACAUGUUUGGGAUUUAAGUAAAAUUGGUGAAGAACAAAAUAAUGACGAUGCAGAUGAUGGACCACCCGAACUUUUGUUUAUCCAUGGUGGUCAUACAGCAAAGAUAUCCGACUUUUCGUGGAAUCCAAAUGAACCUUGGAUUAUUUGUUCGGUAUCAGAAGAUAAUAUAAUGCAAGUUUGGCAAAUGGCUGAAAAUAUUUAUACCGAAGAUGAAAAUGAAACGAAUUCGGUUGAUUUAGAAUAG